UAUUAGUAAAUUUAAUUGGAAGUAUUGAAGAAACUGAAAUUAUCCAAAUGGCUGCUUUGGAGCGUUUUGAUAUUGAGAAAGUAAAGCAAAUAUUUGAAGAAAGUUUACGCGACGAUGAUGAUGUGUUACUCGAUGAGUACCUAAAAGCUUAUGAGGAAAUAAAUAAGUUUUUUAAUUUAAUGGGUACGGUCUUCAGUUUCGUUAGCAGUGAUGUUCGCUCCAAAAUUGAUAUUUUAUAUGACUUUCGAAGCGAAACUGAUGCGGAAAGGGCGGAAAAUUUUAUAACUGUUAAAACGAUGAUGACCUAUGAAAAAGAAAAUGGUCUUUUAAAGGAUGCAAAAUAUAUAUCCGGUAGUCGGACUUUAUUGCGUUUACACAGAGGAUUAGAAUUUAUCUAUGAAUUCUUGAGUCGUUUAGCAAGCUUGACAGAGUUCGACAAAACGCAAUUGGCUUGCAAGUUGGCUUAUGAAAUGACUUUAGCUAAACAUCAUCCAUGGGUGAUACGAAAAGGGGCUUUGGUUGCUAUGUACGCUUUGCCGACACAAGGUGAACUUUUAAAACGAGUUUGCUGCAACGUGGCAAGAGCCAUUGAAAUCUUACCGGAAAUGUUGAAUAACACUAAAUUAGUUUACGAUCGCACUGAGGCAUUAUAUACUUUGUAUGAUCUUCAUCAUUUACCUUAAUUUCUAGGCAAUUUGUUGUACCUGUAUUAAAUUAUUACGAACGUUUCGUAAUGCUUGUUAUAACUACUUACUGUACUCGCCAGAGGGAGUAUCUUUAGGGUCAGUAUGUCUGUAUACUGCGAAAUCACACCGGAAAUCUGUCCUUAAAUCCUGCCUUAAAAAUUGUUUGAAGAUUUUGUGUAAGCUAAUCAUUCCAACCUUUUGUUUUGUUAAAUAUUUGCUUGUAUUUUGUUAUUUGGUUGCUUUGUGUUAUAGCAAGGGAGAAUUCACUGGGCAGUACUGCCAUAUGUAUAUAUUAUGUUACAUACAUGUACGUGUUGUUAUCCAUUUUUAAAAUGAAAGUAUAUUUAUUUAAAAAAAAUAAGCCAGUGGUGGGUAUUAAAAAGGUUCGGUUCAAGCCGAAUGUAGAUUAGAUUAUUUUUUUAAUAUUAUGUCCGCAUUUACUGAAGUAUUUUAACACUAUUUUUUUUACAUUUAUUUCCUUAAUAAAAAUUAUAAUUUUCUAAUGAA